AGAGAGGAAGAGGACGGGACGAGGAACAAGAAGUCUCCUCCCUGCUCUGACACUUGACAUCAAGAAAGCAGCUGCGUUGGAUCCGCGGGUGAGGGUGAGGAGUUGUGGGCAGUUUCAACGAUCGAAAAGACUUCUGUAAAGGAUUGGAUGUUCAUGAGCUGGAAGUGAUAAGACAUUGACGAUCUUGAUCGCAAACAUCCUUAGCCUCUGAUAUGACUCAACGUGCACUCUCGCACAAGAAACCUGGGCACUUCGGCCAGCCAGUCGAAUAUGCUGACACAGCAGCCUCGUAUUCACACGACGACAUUCCAGAGAAGGCGAAACUCGCCAAGAAGCAGAUCCUUCACUUCCUGGACCCCAACAUCUUAGCUCUCAAGAAGAAGCCAUGGAACAACCUCACUCAGCCUUCGGGGCCCUUUGCGAGCGAUCAUGGGCCGCUCUACCAGGGGAUGCCUUUCCAGCCCAAGUUCCCCAACGCGAGUUUGAAGAGGACGCUGCAUAUCGGCACGAGCACCAGGCCUGAGAUAGACUUCCGAGCCGAGAAGAUCCCGAAGAGAGACCCCAUCCUGCCCGUCAAGACCUCCAAGCUUGCCUUCGACCCUCGCAAGAUCCUCGGGCCCAAAGUCCCGGCCAACCUCGGAGGCACGGGGAUGCCGGAGGUGAACAUGCACACGACGGUCCCGCCAGGCAGAGACGCGACGAAGACGACGAGAUUCAUAGUGGACGUGGACGCGACGGGAGGGCUGGACAUGAAAGAAGCGUGGAACCCGAGCACGGCUGCUGACGUCAAGUGGCAGAACAUCACCUACACGACUCAGCUGGACAAGGCGUUGGUGAACACCAAGAAGCGAGAGAUGCAGUACACGACGAAGAGAACGAGCUUGAGGUCAACCUACUUGAGCAAGCGCGAUGAGCAGAGAGAGCAGAAGCGGAUCAACGCUCUCAAGGAAGGGAACUUCGAGGACUACAUGAUCGCGAUGGGGAAGCUCCGCGACAAAGCAGAGAGUGUGGAGGCCGACGCAGCGAAGCAGAAGGAGCUUGAUCGCAUGGAGAUCGUCUUCUCCAAGGAGUGGAAGGCGAAGGAGUACUUCUGUGAUGGCGUUUGGAGGUUCGACCCCGUGGAGGGGAGGCACUGCUGGUCUUGCUGUGGCUCCUUCCAGCUGGACGGACCGGGCUGCCAGCCCAAGAAGAAGGCAGGGAAAGGGUGGAACUUUGCGUCUAUCAACUGA